AAAAGUUCAAACGUCAAAAAUAGUUUUGGAAUGUGUGCACUUUCAUAAUAAAUAUCAAUUUCUAAUUUUUGCUUUUAUUGUAAUUAUUUGUGGAAAUAUGGUGGCUCAACGAAUCAUUAAUUAUAAAUUCCACGUCUGUGACCAAAUUUAUUAAUAUUUCUACACGAUAAUUUCAUCAUUAGACGGUGUAGAGUAUAAUGCAGCAUUCAACAAUGGUCAAAUAAACACACUAAAGACAUUGUCAACGAACAAAACCAAAACGAAUUGAAAAUGUCCAUAAAUUCAUUAGAGCCAUCGUCACUCCGUCGGACAAAGUCUAUGCCGCACAUCGUGUCGUCGAAACAAGAUCUUGGCUAUGCGUCCAGUGGCACUGGUUCGUGUAGCAUACUGGAUCAGAUUGGUACCCAUCCCAAUUUUAAUCAAAAUGAAAAGAUUCCCUAUAACACACGAUUGGUGGCUGAUUUGAGGCAACUGAUGACCCUACGACAGCAUUACUACCCGGAAGGCGGAUGGGGAUGGAUUAUUGUGAUUGUAGCAUUUAUUGUACAGUGCAUAUCGCAUGGAUUGCACCUGUCGUUAGGAAUAUUUAUCAUUCAAGUGGUCAAAGAGUUUCAUGAAGAUUACUUUUAUGCAGGAAUUUUGGCCACAUUAUCAACAUCGAUGGGAUUGUUUUUUUCUCCGGUCACAAUUUCACUAUGCAUCACCAAAUCGACACGACUCAUUUCGGUUAUUGGUGGUUUGGUGACGGCACUUGGUUGUCUUUUUACCUCAUUCGCUUUACAAUUUCAUCAAAUAAUUUUUAGCUUUGGUGUUAUUGUGGGAGUAGGAGUUGGAAUCACAAGAGACUGUUCGACCAUUAUGGUCGCUAAGUAUUUUAAGAAGAAACGUGAACUCGUUGAAAUAUUUGUCGUCAGUGGCAGUGGAAUGGGAAUCAUAUUCAUGACCAUUUUGAUGAAAUGUUCCGUGGAUUCGCUGGGCUGGAGACUUGGAUUUCAAACUGUCACUGGAACGGUUUUUAUGACAUUUCUACUGGGCAUGUUUUAUCGUUCAGCUUCGCUAUAUCAUCCGCAGCGUCGGGCCAUUCUACAUUUGAAAAACCAAAAACGAAAAGUUAAAGAUAAGAACCGACACACCAACAGCCAUCCAUUUUUUGAAUUUAAAACUCUACGCAGUAAGACUGUUCGUAUUAUACUCGCUUCUACAGCGGUCAGCUCUCUGGGACUGUACACGCCAAUAUUUUAUUUACCACGCAACAUUAACCUCGACGUAGCAGAUGAUGAGACUGUGUUGCUGCAGUCGUACAUGGGAUUGGCAUGGAUUUUGGGUUGUGUCAUUUUCGGUUUGUUGGUUGUGUGCAACAGUGUUGAGUGUCGAAUUGCCAGACAGUAUCUGUGUCAAGUAUCGAUUUUCAUGUCUGGACUGUCGAUGUUGGCUCUGACGUGGAUUGGAAAAAACUUUGAGGGAUAUGUCAUGUUCGUUUGGAUUUACGGCAUUUUCUCCGGUGGCUAUCACUACGCCCUAAAAGUUUACAUCUACGAAAGAGUGCGGGCUCGCAAUUUCGCACGUGCAUGGAGCUACGUUCAGGCUGCACAAGCUUUUCCUAUUUUAAUCGGUGUCCCGUUCGCUGGUUACUUGAAUGAAUUCAUGACACACAAAGCCGGCUACAUGUUUGGAUUCUUCUGCACGACAGCGGCAAGUCUGAUUUUGUUUUUGGUUGGCAUCCAUAAGCGUAAAAUAACCCAACAUAAGCACACAAGAUCGAAUGGCACGACUCAUUUGUGUGUAUCGGACGAUUGUCCACAGAAUCGAAAGCUUUCAUUCACUCAGGAACCGGAUGUGGAUGCCGUGAUGAAUUUUACCGGAACGGCACUAAUAUUAAACUCAGAUCUGUUGGCACAGCAGCUUAGUGAUCACAUUGCUGAAAGCGGUAAUGCAGGUGGCGUUGAUAAACCAGAAUUGACGUGCAUAUCGGAGGAAGGUAUUGCCGAUAUGGAUCUGCCGGAUAAUUUGUUUGAAGAUUUCGAUUACAUUGGCGAUUGUAUUACGUCGUGCAACAAAGUUGAAAACUAUUUGAUGCUCAGUGAGUUUGAAAACAAUUUAAAUGUCGAAAUGCCAGCUUCGGUCGAACAUAAAAAUCGCAACACUCUGUAUACGUUCAACAAAGAUAAUUUCAGGGGAUGAAUGUAAGCCAAGUAAGUCAUUUCGCUUCCGAUUAACAUUCAUUUGCACUUUGAGCCAAUACUAUGUCGGGUUGGAGGUGUUGAUAGCUCCAAAUGCAAUUCUCAAUGAAAUUGUCACAAAAACCUGUUGAUAGUCAACCGUAGGCUUCUCAGAGUAACAAUAUAAUUUUCACGUCGUCUGCUCUUACCUAAAACAACCGCAAUAGUUAUCUUAGUCUACGUACGGAAACUCUUUUCUGUUUUUGUCCCUAAUCCAUGGAUCGUUUCAUUAGUGAAAUGCUGUACAUGCAAUCCACGCUAGUCAUAUUUUCAGUUUUCGUUGUAAUUUUUAUUUUAUUUUGAUGGAAAUCAACUACCAGAAUGAGAGUGGUGCCAGUCAAUUAGAAAACAGAAAUUAGGACAGUAGUUGCAAUGUAACUAAUGUCUCGAAGAAUCUCAAAUUUGUCAAUUAUUACACUUAGCGCAAUAGUCAUUUACAAUCGAUAAACAGUUGAACAGUGGAGUUUCCGUGUGAAUUUUGUAGAUCCGAGGCGAAAACUUGACUUUUCAUUUUUAUCCUGUGUUAUGCAAUGGAUUUUACAUACUGAGUUAUGUUAAGAUCUGAGUUAUGAAAAAGACCGGUUUUCGACUAGAAAAUUAGAAGCUUCAUCAUGUGGGUCAAAGGCGUACAAAACACAACCUAAAUCUAAGGUUCAUGUAAUCGCAACUUUAGGUGUAG